UGAACUCGGUUUCGUUUUCUCCCUCUUGACGAUUUGAAAUCAGUUUCACUUUCCUCUUCCCUUUCAUAAAAGGAGAAUGCAUCUGCUGAUGGAUGCAUUACCCCACCUUUCCCUCUUAUAUAGUUCCUUCAGCACUUACGUGAGGCAGACCAGGACGAUUUCGGAAGAGCAAAUCAUCCGGCUCCUCAGCUUUUCGGAACAGCAGAGAAGCAGCUUGCAGUCAUGAGUGAGGUCACCAAGAAUUCUCUGGAGAAAAUCCUUCCACAGCUGAAAUGCCAUUUCACCUGGAAUUUAUUCAAGGAAGAUAGUAUCUCACGUGAUCUAGAAGAUAGAGUAUAUAACCAGAUUGAAUUUUUAAACCCUGAGUUUAAAGCUACAAUGUACAAUUUGUUGGCCUACAUAAAGCACUGCAAAGGCCACAAUGAAGCAGCCCUGGAAUGCUUACAGCAAGCUGAAGAGUUAAUCCAGCAAGAGCACACUGGCCAACCAGAAAUCAGAAGUCUGGUCACCUGGGGAAACUUUGCCUGGGUCUACUAUCACAUGGACCGACUCUCAGAAGCUCAGAUUUAUGUAGACAAGGUGAAACAAGCCUGCAAGAAGUUUUCAAAUCCUUACAGUAUCGAGUGUCCAGAGCUUGACUGUGAGGAAGGGUGGACACGACUAAAGUGUGGAAGAAAUGAAAGGGCAAAGGUGUGUUUCCAGAAGGCCCUGGAAGAGAAACCCAACAACCCAGAGUUCUCCUCUGGACUGGCAAUUGCGAUGUAUUGUCUGGAUGAAAAUCCACAGAAACAAUUCCCUGUCAAUGCUCUGAUGCAAGCCAUUGAGCUGGAUCCCGAUAACCAAUAUGUCAAGGUUCUCUUGGCCCUGAAACUGCAGAAGACGAAUAAAGAAGCUGAAGGGGAGCAAUUGCUUGAAGAGGUCCUGGAGAAGGCUCCUUGCCAAACAGAUGUCCUUCGUAGUGCAGCCAAAUUUUACCGAAAAAAAGGUGACCUAGACAAAGCUAUUGAACUGUUAAACAGGGCACUGAAGUUCGUACCAUACAAUAGCUUCCUCUGUCACCAGAUCGAGUGGUUCUGCAAGGCAAAAAACAAACAAAUACAUAAGAGAGAAGAAUCUGAAGCUAUUGGAAAUAGAGAGAAAUAUGCUAUGGAACAUUCGAAUGAAGUGAUUGUGGAGGGACUGGAUCCUCGGAAUGCACACUCCGAUCUCACUGAGUGCCUAGAAGCACAAGCACGUUGUCCGACAGCACUCAGUAAAGAGCUGCCUGACGCUGAGAGGCAGCGACUCCGUCAGCGCUCUUGCAACCUCCAGGAGUAUCACGAGAAGUCAGAAGACACUGCUGCCCAGCAUCAUUUAGAGGAUUUGUCUGUAAGCAAAACACCAACUGAGAAAGAAGAGAUGAAAUGCCAAUUACAAAACCUCAGCGAAAAUCUUCCACAAAAUGCAUCCAAUUCUUGGUAUCUCCGAGGAUUGAAUCACAAGCUGAAUGGAGAUCUGCUGCAGGCAACUGCCUGUUAUGAGCGGCAACUGGGCAACCUGCUCAGGAAUACCCCUUCAGGCAUAGGCAGCUUGUUUCUCUCCACACCUGAGCAUGAAGAGGGCAGUGAGGAAAUGGUCCAGGGCACAGGCAGCCCCACUCCCAGAGGGCUCCCCAGCCCCUAAGGGAGACAAAGAAGAGGGAAAGAAAUGGAGCAUCAGAAGACCUGGAAUGGUGUUGUGAGGGAGAGAAGGGUGGGAAGGUAGGGGUCCCCAACCUGAGGUUGCUGGGCAGGGUGGUCUUGCUUGUUGCUUUAAGGGACAUUUUUAGAGAGUUGUUUUUUCAUGUUCUGUCUCCCCUGUGCAACCCAGCCAUACAGUUCUCUAGUCAGCAGCUCGUAUAAUUCAUCACUAGUAAAACAGUGCUGCAUGCCUAUUUGAUGCUGAUGAGGUCUCAGUUUGCACUCAGUUCACCAUAUAACCCCAUUUCUGCCCUUCUUGCCAAGGGUCAUAAGUGGUGACUGCCUACCAUCAAAAUCUGCAGUUUUCCUUCUUCCAUCCCAUUUCCUUCUUUCUUUUUUUUUUUGUCUUUUUUCAUGACCGGUAAGGGGAUCACAACCCUUGGUGUGGUGUCGCCCGCAUCGCGCUCAGCCAGUGAGCGCACCGGCCAGUCCUAUAUAGGAUCCGAACCUGCAGCGGGAGCGUUGCUGCGCUCCCAGCACUGCACUCUCCCGAGUGCGCCACGGGGCCGGCCCCUUCCAUCCCAUUUCUACCCAGCAUUCUGGGCCUGGAAGAUUAACAUUUGACUAACCCUGACAUUUUCCUUAUGUCAUUCCUGGCUUCAGCCAUGCAUUUAUGUGUAUGCUUAAUAGUGGCACUAUGAUAAAUAUGUAUUCUUUAUAGCAAUGCUGCAAUA